AUGCUCAAGGUCGGCGACGCCAGUGAUCCAGAGCAGCCGCUCGACCUCGACGAGAGGAUGACCGAUGUUCGAGCUACACAAGCUUACCUAGUAGCAGGGAGUCGGCUUAUGUCCUACCUUUGCCGGGCGCAGUUGGGCGUGCUCCUUCCUACUCUGACAAUGGAGCUGCAGCUCAGCUCUAGCGAUCAAGGCUACCUGAUGUCCCGGUACGCGAACGGCUACUUGGCUACGCAGGUGCUCGGAGGGAUCAUUGCCGACCGUUUGGGAGGCUACGAUGUGAUGCUCUUUUGCAUGCUGGCCUCUGGCGUCUGCUGCUUCCUCGCACCGGCUCUGAUGGACUUCGGUAGCUUUGCCUUCGGCACGGCCUUCGUCGCUUUGGGGAUGCUCCAAGGCAUGGUGUUUCCCGCCGGGAGUGUGGUUUGCACGCAAUGGUUGCUGCCAUCGGAGCGUUCUUGGGCGUCCUCGAUCUCGGCCAUCGGCUCUGCAACCGGACUCCUCCUCUGCAAUGCUGCUGGACCGCCCUUGGUGGCCAACUUUGGCUGGAAAGCCGUGCUUUAUCUCACCGGAGCGUGCUGCUUCGGAUUCUCAGCUGCUUGGGCCGUCUUGGCCGCCUCGUCGCCAAAACACUGCGGCCGCGCCUCUUCUGCCGAGCUCGCCAUGCUCGAGAAAGCCGGAGUCCUGGACACCGGCCGGGAGCAGAAAAAGUUAGCCUCACCGCUGUUUCCACCUUUCGCCUUUUUCACGCAGCCCUGCGUCGCUGUGCUUUUCCUCGCACACUUUGCACAGAACUGGCAGCAAUACUUUCUCGAUUGGCUGCCGUUUUUCUACAAUACGCGGCUGGGAGUGAGUCCCGAGGCCGCCGGUUUCCACAUCGCGCUGAUCACGCUGCUAGAGCUCCCGGCUCGCGCGCUGACCAAAAACCUCCCUGAGCGGCUGUUGGGCCGCGGUUUCUCGCUGCUCUCCUGCCGCAGGCUCAUGUCACUGCAGGGCUUUGCACUGCAUUCGGUCUGCAGUUGCUUGCUGGCAGGUCUCCUCACAAUGCAGCCCCUUUCAGCCUCAGGCGUGGAGUCGCCAUGGGCUUUCACAACGAUUUUCGGCAUUUGCAAGGUCAGCCAGGCAUUCCAUGCAGGCGGAUACUUCGCAAACUACAUGGACCUCACUCGGCAGUACUCUGGGGCGCUGUCCGGCGUGGGCAACACCCUGGCCACCACGGCCGGCGUGGGAUUCCCAAGGCUGGCCUCCUGGACGCUGGAGACCACGCAGGGGCAGUGGAUGCCCCUUUUCAUCUCCCUCGUCUCCAUGAACCUCCUGGCGAUGCUUGCGAUCGGCACCGGCCUGAGCGUGGAUUGUCUCGAUGACCAGCUUGGGAAACCCAAGCGGAGGGCACCGAAACCCUAA